CCUCAGUACAGGAAGCUUGUCAUAAACCACAUCUUGUUCCCCUGAAGGUGUAAAGCAGCGAGUGUAUAGUCUGUUUGCGUCGCUGUAACUUUUUGUUUUCACAAACUUAAAGCGUUUUUAGGAUCUGAAGCAUGAUAUGGCGAAGAAGCUGGCCUUCCUUCUUAUCUCCUGCCUUCAGACAUUCAGCACAGCAAGUCAGACAAACCAACAAGCAUCUUCUCUGAGGUUUGUAGGGAUUGGGGACUGGGGUGGCCGUCCUUCAUACCCCUUCUACACUCCACAUGAGGCCGACACUGCGAAAGAACUGGCCCGGGUUGCUCAGAGCUCCGGUCUGGACUUUGUCCUCAGUCUUGGGGAUAAUUUCUACUAUGAUGGAGUCAAAGACGUAGAUGACACUCGCUUUAAGUUCAGCUAUGAACAGGUGUUCUCUCAUCCUGCACUGAUGACCAUACCGUGGUAUCUGAUAGCAGGAAAUCAUGAUCAUCGUGGAAAUGUGUCUGCGCAGAUCGCCUACUCCAGCCGGUCUGAAAGAUGGAUCUACCCAGACCUCUAUUAUGAGCUGAACUUCAAGGUGCCUCACAGCAACACGUCCCUCACCAUCCUGAUGACCGACACUGUGGUUGUGUGUGGGAAUACAUACGACGGCCUCGAUCCUGUAGGGCCAGAGGACUUGGCUGCUGCUAACAAACAAUUGGCAUGGAUUGAGCAGAGACUUCAAAGUACCAAGGCGGAUUUUGUCAUCGUGGUUGGUCACUAUCCCAUCUGGUCCAUCGGUCAUCACGGUCCAACCAAGUGUCUCAUAUCAAAACUCAGGCCCCUUCUGAAGAAGUACAACGUCUCCCUAUAUCUGUCUGGUCAUGAUCACAGUCUGCAGUUCAUCAGAGAGGAUGAUGGGAGUUCGUUCGUCGUCAGUGGAGCUGGUGUUGAGGAGGAUUCGUCCACUGACCACAGGAAGAGCUUCCCCUCGGCUUGGCAAUUGUUCUCCAGCCCCGUCAAUCAGACGUCAGGAUCCUUCGUGUACUUUGAAGUCAAUAAAAGUGAGAUGCUGAUCAAUUACCUGCAGCCCGACGGGAAGUGUGUUUACCAGACAUCCGUCCACAAACACAAAGUCCAACUUUGAAGUUGACCUAGUCUGAGUUUAAUGAACAGAGAAGUCACUUCUGCGCACUUUACUCUUCAUUGCAGUUCCUUGUGUGUUUACGUUUAGACUGAAUUUUACAUUUUAAUUCAUCUCUGGUUUGCUCUGUAGACAAUAAAACACUUUGUAUUUUUGA